AUGAAGUCCAUUGUGAAUCCACCUCAUUCAACUCCACCACAUGUUUUAAGUGAGAACAUAUCAUUCACUACGUCAACAGUUACUACUGUACAAGAAAUUGGAAAUAGAUUCAAAUUUGUUGAACGUGAGGAACAGAUGAGAUUAUACAGGGAAUUAGUACAGAAUGCAUUUGAAAUUUGGCAAGCCUACCACACAAAAUGUGCAUAUUCAAAGGGUGACUACAAAAAGAGUCUUAUAAUUCCAGUGAUAGGAGGGGCCAGUGGUAUUGGAAAGACAAGAUUUUUAAAUGAAAUUGUGAGGUGGAUGAAUGAUCGUGUGGAUGAUGCUGACAGUCCACUAAAAAAUAUAUAUCCUAACAAUGAACCUACUGAUGAGCAGAAGGCUGGUCUAAAUAGAUUCAGAGAAUGUCUGCAGAAAAUUUAUCAGAGAAACUUAGUACUUUACAUAGAAGUUAAUAAUUUAUUGUUUAAGAAUGAGCAGAUUUGCUUAGAAAACCUUGCUGAAAUGUUGAUCAUGGCAUACAUAAACCGAGUUGGAUCAAUUGAUAAUGACACUUUAAAAGAAAUCCAAAGUGUACUUGGACAGUCUGAUCCAUUUGAGAGAGCAGCAAAUAUACUCUAUGAAUUGGAAUCAACAGACAAGGAACUGCCAAUCAUAUUCCUGAUACACAUGGAUGAAACACAAAUUCUACAAGAAGAACAAUUGCGACAAGUGAUUUCAAAAUUUACAUCUCUGCAAAUGAAAAACAAUAAAAUUCUCUUUCUGCCAACAUUAUCAGGGCUUGAUGUUGCUCUACUUGAACAAUCAGUCAAUACCAGUGGAACUAGUUAUAAAUGGAUUCAAUUACCAUUACUUCGAGUCAAUCAUUAUAUGGAAAUCUUAGAUGAAUUGUUUGUGGACAAACCCUCACUUAAGGAAAAUUCUUCAGUUCAAAAUGCUCUGAAGGAUAUUGAAGGGCCUCCUAGACUAUUGCAAAUGCUCUUAUAUUAUGCUGCAUUAUUUCAUCAUCAUGAAGGUUCAAUUCCUUAUAAAUUCUAUGAUGCACCCUUAAAUAUUGAAGAUGCAUACCAAACCCUCUUAGUUGCUAAUUCAAAUACAUGGUUUAGAAUCUUUCAAAUGAUGUCUUUACAAUUCCAUAAGAUAGAUGGCCCACUUAAAACAGUCAUGCUAUUAUUAGAAGAAAAUUUAUACCCACUUGUUUAUGGUUAUGCUAUUAUUGACAAGCCUGUUUUAUUGGGAACAGUCAUUGGAAAUACAACAGUAAAUGAGUUAGUAAAAAAAGGUUUGGUUUUUAUUCGUGAAGAAGUAGAUAUAUCCUCAAGAGAGUUCCUUCCAUCAAAAGUUGGCAAAGUUGGUGGAGUUUACUCAGGGUUAUAUCUUCAUUUACCAUUCAUAUAUUUGCAUUUGAUAUCUCAAUAUGUGACAAAAGAAAUGGAUUGCCCAAUAUUGUACUUGAUUAAUCAGUGGGGUCGAGAAGAAUUGACUCCUGAAGAAGCAGAACGUUUAAGUAUAAACAUGCUACUAUUUCGUGUAUAUUUGCUAAGAUCAUUAAAAUAUGAACAAGUUGGACUUGUAGAACUUAUUGGAAGCUAUUCUGCAAUAUCAGAUGCUGAUGUAUCAUUGCAUGAAAUUCGUGUUAAUAUCUCUUCAGGAAAUUGUAUUGUUCACCAUGUAUCAAAAUCAUUAACUUCAAAAAAUUUCAUCAGUUAUGCAAAGAGAAUAGCUGAAGAAAAGGAUUAUAAAGAUUUUGUUUCAAUAAUCAACAAACCUAAAGCUCCAUCUAUGGAUUGGGCUGUAACAUUUUUCAAUAGCAAGAACAUUCCAACUUUUCUAUCCCAAGCUCCUGAUCUUCCACACCUAAGAUCUCAAAAUGCUGUUCCUCCUGAAAUUGAUGAAAAAUUGCGAAAACACAUAAUCCUUAUAUCUUCAGAGGAAAUUUGUUGGUACCUUGGUGGUGUUAUUGCUGAUAAACGUAAAAGAGUUCUUGAGAGCAUGCAAAAUGAAUAUAGA